UGGUGGCAAAAACCUUUACUGCGAUGUAAGCGCUCUCUGGUCGACCAGCAACAAAAAUGAAACUGAAUGGAACUACGAAAUAGGAUCCUUGAAGAAAGGUAUUGAAGCAACGUAUAAGAUUGUAAAAGGCUGAAGCUCUGUUUUGAUAAAUCAUGAGGUCUACAUGAACCAGUCAUCCAGGAUGAUGGCUAGUGAACGCUCCAAGAUCAAGAAAGUGGAAAGCUUCCACUUUACGAGUCUGAUAGUGUUUUAUUAUACAAAGUGAUUGAUUUGUUGAAAAGUCAAAGGUCUAAAGUGAAAGAUCAUUUUUGGAUAUGGACAUUUAUGGGAUGUAGUGGUAACCAAAAAACAGAAGAAAGCUCUUUAAAGAGGAAUGAAAAGUGGAAUCCACAGAGCAGCAAUUUUUUAUGUUUUGCAAUGCAGUGGAGAACUACAAGAUACCAUUCUAGUGUCUAGGCAAAUCUCAAAGAUUAUGCCAAAAUUACGGAAGAAUAAACUACUGGAGAAUAAAUGGGGCUCGAAAUAUUUCAGUGCUGUGAAGGAUGCAGUCUUUACAAUGAGACCAUCACCAUACAUGCCAUCAGAGCCACCACCAUCCCUAAGUAAAGAAACAACUGAGUCUCAGCCAUUGUAUGUCUGUAAGCAAUGUAGAGAUUGUUUUCGUUUCUUGAGCAGCCUAGAGGAUCACACAGCGCGACGUAGUUGGAUUCUGGGAUACUGGUGUCAAAGCUGUUUCUAUAAUUGCAAUCAUGUUUUAGCCCUUGAUGGAUCUUGUAACGAGUGUAGGACGCGAGAUCGCGAGAAACGGCAACACUUGCGCUCACGGGGACUUAAAAGAGGCCGGAAACCGGGUUCUGUUAAAAUAUUCUAUAAUCAGUGUCAGUUUUUCGUACAUGUCAAAUCACAUCAGUUACAGGCAGUGGACAUGUGUGACAUCAUGUUAAUGCCGAUACCGUUGGACGUGGAGAAAGAUCAAUAUACAAAAUUAGAAAAAAUUUGUGAAAUAAUGAUAGAGCACAUGUUCAUAACUGGAGUCCAUAUACUUGACUGGCUCAGGAUGAAGAAUAUGGAGCAAAGAUGGUGGGAACUGUUGCGUGUAGUCUCUGACGCUAAUUUAACUAGCAUCAGUGAUAUUGUGCGAAAUAUUCGCGCUAUGAAACUGCUUCCGGAAGUGCCGCCGGAAAUACCUACGGCUAACAGGUCGUCCACGCAGAGCUUGGGAUCUAGGAUGGAUGUCAAGAGCACAAUGAAAUCUUUGAGAAAAAGUAAAAGUCUGAAAUGUUCAAAGAGUAUUAGUCCUUGUAAAACAACGGCUAUUAACUCAAUAAGCGUGUCAGAAGUCUCAGAAAGUGACGAUGAUCCAUACACAUCAACGGAUAUUGCAUUCGUCGAUUGUGGAUCGCCUAUGAAGACAUUUGCCCUGGAUAACACCUUGCUGGGAAUCACCAGUAAAAAGAAUACGGAAUCGUCCAGUACUUCCGGUAAUUCAACAGUAGCCAUAACUGUGCCCAUGAAAAUAAUAGCAUCGUCAACGGCAAAUGCGAAGCACUUUAGAGGUUCUGAUGGCAAUCCUGUGUAUAGUAUAUCCUCCAAUGUCACAGUGUCAAGUAGUAAUUCGAUACUAGCUCCAAAAGUUUCUGUGAAAAAAUUCGCCAAUGAAUCUUCCGGAAGUAACGUGGUUACCAAUUUGUGGAAGGAUUUCUCGAGGGAGUACGAUCUAAAGAAGCAAAUGUUAAAAAAGUUACCGGAAGGACGAACGAGCGUCAGCAAAACGUCACUUUCGUUACUGGCGUCAAAAUCUGACAAGACACCUGCUGCUAGCAAGACAGCGAAUUCUAUUUUGAGUAAACAGGAAGUAUAUGCAGCUGCUACAAAACCAAGUACCAGAAUAUUGACAGUGCACAAUCCUAAGAGCACUGAUCUGUCAUCGAUAAUUAAUCAGCUUCCAAAAGAUGUAAUCAAUGGCAAGAAGAUUAUUUUCAUUGGGCAAGAUGCGGAACGGGGUACCAAUGUAUCUAAUCAGGAAAUGAGUAUUAAUCAAGGAACGAUUAAAUUGAAAUCGGAUGCAGGACAAGCAAAAAUUCUUAAAACAGUACCAUUAAAAAUGGCCCCGGCAUUAGUUUCUGUUCCCAAUGAACAGAGUGCGAAGUUGUCAGCAGCUAAUGCGAUUCAUAAAAUAUUAAUGGAUCCUGCAGGAUCUAACGUGCAGCAGGUUACUUUGGAUGGAAAAAUCAUUUACAAGAACGGUAGGAAAUUUAUUAUACGCAAACCUGGUACAAUGUCUGUUAGUAAAGUUGCCAUGGCGAGUAAUUUAUUGAAGACGAGUGAUCUUUCGCGUUCACUGAUAAAAAAAUCAAUUGUGGGAAAUUUACCGAAGGCCGCCACUCCUGGUUCACCACCGGGUGCCUCGUCGGCGCCUGAACUACCGAAUUCAUAUUCACAUGGUAAACUGAUUUCGGCUUCUGAUCGGGAACCUGAAAAAUCAGACUUGUGUUCUUUGGGUAGUGAUACGUUUUCAGAACAUAUGAAUCAUCUCUAUUAUUCGAAUAUGCAGAACACUAAUAAGACCAGCGAGCAUCUAUGGAUAGAGACUGAUGAUUCUGGUCAAUUUUAUUUCCGCUCAGCAUCAGUGGUACCGGAAAAACAAUCUGGAGCAUGUCAUAAUUUAAACGCUUUGCUACCAAAGUAUAAGGAACAAAUGUUAGACAAUCUAUUGCACCUGAGUAAAGCAGAGAUUGAAAGGCGAAUUGAACAUUUGAAGUCUGUGAACUCCAUGUAUUCAAAACUCAUGAAAACAGAUAACGAUGAAAUAAUACAGAACAAUCUGAAAGCCUUAAAACAUUUGGAGGAUGCACUCAAGGAACCAGUUCAGUGGAAUAGCGAAGAAGGAAAUUCUGAGAAGCAACUUCAGGAAGAGAUUGAGAGCAUGGAAAAAGAGUGGGAAGUUGAUCUUCAAAAUGAAGAUUUUCCCAAGUGUGGCAUUUGUAAAAAAGCAAUCAAGCCAAAGUCUUAUAUUAUAGGAAUUUCAAGAAUGAAAUGCGAAGAGUCAAAUUUCUGUAACUGUUACAACUCCGUAUGUUACAUAUGUAAAACAUUUCAGAUUAAUAGCACUAAACUCAGAGCUCAUAUAAAUUAUCAUGAAAAGUGUGAGCCUUUCGAAUGUCCAGAAUGUCUAAAAAGAUAUGCAUCCUUCAAGAAAUUAGAAAGUCACGUAUGGACAUCCUGUUUCCAUCCUCUUCUCCGAAGAUGGUUUAGCUGUAUAAUCUGUGAAGUUGAUGGUUUCCUGGAUCUUGAAACAGUCACUAGGCAUUUUGCAAUUUGUCACAGUGAAAGAAAAGUUGCUUGUUCAGAAUGUCAUUUGGUGCUCAGUUCUCAUGCAUCCCUCAAAAAACAUCAGGACGAAGCACAUCCUGAUACUGUGGUGAAGCCAGUACGACUUAUGGUCUGUAACUUAGGACAGUGUGUGGUAAAACCAGUAAAUUUUAGAUGUCAUGUAGAUAACCAUGUAGGUGUGGCCAGAAUGUAUUAUUACAAGUGUCUUUUUUGUUCAUUCCUUACAAAAGACAUAGACCAUGGCAAAGAAGAGAUCAAGAAUCAUCUCAGUCAUCAUCAUGCUGACCAGCUCUGUGAAUUAUAUAAUAACACUGCCUGUGAUCUUGAAAAUGAGAUUUCUACUGAGAUCACUUCAAAAGAGAAUCAAGAUACGGAAACAAAUUUACUGGUGCCUAAAAUAGUGAGUACAACGAGCAUCACACCGGAAGUGUUUGAACAAAAUUCGCAAAAUGUAGAUGAUAAUGUGAUGGAUUCUGGCAAUGUCGAUUCUGAUAGCCAAUAUUGGAUUGUCAAUGGUUUACCCAAGAUUAUCGAUGUUCGUACAGAAGCAAAAAGUUCAAAAUCAUUUAGCAAGACUUCUACCAUUCCUAAAACACUUGAUGUCAGAUCAAUGGCUGUAAAUGGCGUCGCUGAGGAUUCAGAAUUUAAUGAAAAACCUAUGCAUAAUAAUAUCAAGUCGAAUAAAGAACUAUUAAAGAUUAUUACUAAGGACAGUCAUAAGAUCACAAAACAGAGGUUACAAGCACGUGCAAUAAUAAAAUCAUCAAAAAGAGUAACCUCGACGACAAGUGACUCAAUGGAAAAGACAAAGAUGAAAUCAAAAGAGGAAAUAAGGCCAAUACCUCCAUUGGAGCCAAUUUCCAGAAUGUCAAGUUUAUCAAAGAAAAUAGUACUACUCAGUGAGAGUGAGGGAAAUUCCUCAAAGGUGUCGAGAGACACAGAAGAUAAAUCACAGCGUUCUAUUUUACGGGUGGUAGAGAUUCUUCCAGGAAAGGGGAAAGUCAAUAAAAUCCAAGAUGCCAGAAAUCCUCUGUGUAUUUCGAGGAAUCUACUUAACGAAUCGCAGGCGAUCCAAUUUCAAUCGAUGGAAACAAAAGACGGAAAUCUCGCAGCCAGAGUCAGUUCUAUAUUGCAGCCGCCGCCAUUGGCAAGAAUACCUGAGCACUUGUUGAGUUCAAUAAAGAAAGUAGAAGUAGGCAAGGCAAGAAGGAUAUGGCAGGAUAGAAAUCUGAGACUAGGAGCAACGAGCAAACAGAAGAGAAGACGAAAGCGACCCUGGAGAAUUGCUGUGAACGGUCCAGAUUCUGAGAGUCUGGAUUACAGAUGUCAUCUCUGUCGUGAACUUAUCAACACCUCCCCUUCUACUAUCAGAAACCAUUUUAAUACCAGGCAUUCUCGUGAUUACAAACUAGUCAUAGUUGCCCCAAGACUUCUAAGGAUGUCCAAAGAAUUCAUCGAGGGUGGUUAUCGUGAACUGUAUGGAAGCAGGAAACGGAAGUCUGACACAGUAACCUCUACUGCAAAGAGACGAAGAAGAUGGACACCUAAGAAAUAUAUAGAGAGAACAAAUUCACCAGGAACAGGUCUUUUUGUUCAGCAGGAACCUGUGCAGGAUGGCGAGGGCAACUUCAAAUGCAAAAAGUGCAAUUCCAAAUGUGGCAACAUGACUGAGUUAAGAGAGCACAUUGCCUCUUAUCACAGAAUCAAGGGUCGUUAUCUCAUUUGUUUAGAGUGUGGGGAGAACUUUGUAGUAGCACCAAGUCUUCAGAUGCACCUGAAGGCCUUCCACGGGAUAGAUGAUCCUAUAACCUACAUGACACAGAACACUGGUUAUGCACCGGAAACCACAGAUGAGGCUGAGAACGAAAGCAAAGCCACAGUCUCCAAUCAAUGUUACGUUUGCAUGGCUGUUUUUGAGGAUAAAGCAGCUGUUGACAAACAUUUGAGGGUUCACGGAAUGGCGUUCCUCAAUCGCAAGAGGAUUGAAGCUCAAAAUGCUCUUAAGAGUCCACCAAAAAAUAAUAAGCUCGACAAUUCUUCUGAGAAAUCAGUUAACGAUGAUGACAGUGCAACAAACACAACCGGAAGUGCAUCUACCACGCCUGAAAAGGUUCGAGAUAACGAAGAGAAGACUACGAGUCAAUAAGAACUUCAAGAAAAAGUGCUGAGAGUCUCAGACUAAAGUGAGUACGUCGAGUCUACGGUAAAUCGUGAAUAAGGAUCCUUCCAAGUGUCGUUUAGCAGUCUUUCGGAAGUAGUGGAUGCUGAACAGGAUCAUUUUUCGUUGGUCAGUAUAAUUUCUGACCAAGUAUUCUUCCAAGUGUUUUCGGUUCUGCUCAGUAUCUGUUGUAUGGACGUGUACAUAAAAAAGUUGAAUAUUGAUUUAAUUACUUUAAUAAACUAAAAGUCACUGCUUUUAUAAAUCCUCUCGAGAGUUACAUUUUGUCUAUCGCAUCGAUUAUUUUAAAUUCUUAUACUUAUCGGAAUAAGAUAAGACUGAAUAAAAAGAAGAAAAGCAAGAUGCUCGUGAA